AUGUCUCAAAUCUAUGCGAAAGACUCUUUGGACAGAUUUGGUGACGAUUUGUGUCAACACUUAUUGAGUUAUCUGUCAUUUGAGGACCGAUUCAGAUAUGAAUGUCUGUCCAAACAGUGGCAACGAUGCGUAUAUGAGACACAAACCCGGCUCACAAUUACCCGCAAAUUAUGCGAUAAACUGAAUAUUAACUCUCAAAUUGAGUCAAUGCUUCAAAAGUUACCAAACAUUACGGACAUUGUAUGCGAGGACUACGAGUCUAACCGGAUGUUUGAAGUGAUAAUCAAAUAUUGCUGUCAUUUAAAGGCUAUUAACGUGUGGUUUGUAAAUGACAUUAAUAUCGACACGAUUGAGGCAUUCAUAGCAAAGUUUGCCAAACAGUUGAAUGCAAUUGCGAUACACCGGCGCUCACCGAACACACGCAAUACAAUCGCCAAAUCAUACGGAUAUAUAACAUAUCCUAAAGCCAAUCAUUACCUCCAUUUGAACGGACAUUUGCAAUUAUUACUGAAUCCGAGUCCAUUGCACCCAUACCUACAUCAAGUGGGCAUUGAUUACAACGUCUACAAUAGUCCACACUUCACGGCAUUUGUCGCAAACUAUGUACACGUUUUGCAAUCACUUUAUCUGAGAACAGGAUUUAUUUCUACUGAUAAUGAAUUGAAAGCAUUAAUCAAUGAUAUAUCGCGACUGCAAUCACUACGGGAUCUGCACAUAGAGUUUAGUGAACUGGUUGACCCAGAACCUCAAUCGGAUACUGACUCGGAAUAUGAGCAGGACAUGGAUGCCAAUAACAAUCACGCAAACCUGGUCGUACACCCUGGCCAAGGGUUUAACGCGGAGUUAAAUCCGGAGCUCAACCAACAUAUUAACCCACAAUUGGCUGAAACCGAUAACUAUUGGUUUCCCAAAGUAAUCGCCGGUUUGACACAAAUCGGACUCAAUUUGCGACAUUUGAAACGCCUGUCCCUUAAUUUCUACACAGAUGUCAAUGACUGUAUAAUAAAGGGCUCGGAGUAUAAGCAACUCAUGCACUGUAUUCGCCAUAACUAUAAACGUUUGACACGUUUGGAGAUUUGUUUUAAUAAUAGCGAGGAAUUGGUUUUACCGCCGAUUGGUUUCACUUGUGGUCAACAGUGGAAACGUAUCACACAUUUAACGCUGGACUGUAUGGCCGACGUCCAAGUGAUCGCGGAUAUCGUGAACUGCUUUCCAAACUUACAGUACUUA